AAAGUUCUGUGGCUGCGACUCAUCCUCCGGCUUCAGUACUUUCCCGUCUGCCAACGAUGUCUACAUUGCAGAAGGACGCUGACGGAUUCUACACGCCCGCACCCGAGGGUGAAGCUGCUCCUGCAGCAAGUAGCAGCGCAAAGCCCGAGGACGCGGAGGAGAAAAAUGAGGAUGCAAGCGAUCUGAUCAAGUCUACCUUCGAGGUCGCGGUGACGCUCGCCGACCAGCAAGCUGAUCCAAAUUCACCGCUAUUUAGUAUCAAAACAUUCGAGGAGCUUGGGCUACAUGCGGAUCUAUUGAAGGGCAUCUAUGACAUGGGAUUCACAAAGCCCUCAAAGAUUCAGGAGCGCGCUUUACCACUGUUGCUGAAGAACCCGCCCCAGAACAUGAUCGGUCAAUCACAGUCCGGAACGGGGAAGACCGCCGCUUUUGUCCUUACUAUGCUCAGUCGGAUCAACUUCUCCAAGAACCAGCCUCAGGCUCUCUGCCUAGCACCCUCCCGUGAACUUGCGCGACAAAUCAUGUCUGUAGUAGUGGCCAUGGGUAAGUUCACCCCCGUUCAAACCGAGUACGCGAUCAAGGACCACCUUCCGCGGGACGUGACCAAGAUCACCGCGCAUAUCGUCGUCGGCACACCAGGGACGAUGUUCAACCUGGUCCGCAAGAGGAUUCUGGAUGUCAGCGAAGUGAGCGUGUUCGUGCUGGACGAGGCGGACAACAUGUUGGAUCAGGACGGGCUGGGCGAGCAGACGCUGAAAGUGAAGAAUGCGCUGCCGAAAGGCAAGCCCAUCCAAAUCAUCCUGUUCUCUGCUACCUUCCCCGAUCACGUCCGGUCGUUCGCGUCCAAAUUUGCACCGAACGCGAACAAGAUCGAGUUGCAGAAGAAUGAGCUGUCCGUUGAGGGUAUCCGACAGUUUUACAUGGAUUGCAAGAACGAGGACCAGAAAUAUGAUAUCCUGGUGUCACUAUACAAGCUGCUGACAAUUGGUCAGAGCAUAAUCUUCUGCCAACAUCGUCAUACAGCAGACAGGAUCUCGCAGCGCAUGACGGCCGAGGGGCACAAAGUCGCCUCGCUGCACGGCGCGAAGGACGGCGCGGAACGUGACGCCAUCAUCGACAACUUCCGUGAGGGGCGCGAGAAGGUCCUCAUCACGACGAACGUCGUCGCGCGGGGUAUCGAUAUCCUGCAGGUCAACAUGGUGGUCAACUACGACCUGCCGCUGAUGAGCGAGCGGGAUAACUAUGGGAACAAAGCUGAUAUGCGACCCGAUAUCGAGACGUACAUCCAUCGAAUUGGCCGGACAGGUCGGUUCGGACGGAAGGGUAUCUCCAUCAAUUUCGUGCACGACAAGCGCACAUGGGAGCAGAUGCACCAGAUCGAGGUUGCACUUGGCCGGGAAAUCGCUCGUAUAGAGACCACCGACCUGGACACGAUGGAGGAGCAAAUGAAGAAGCACUUGAAGUGAAGUUUCAAAUUACAAAAGCUGUUGUACCCUCUGGAUGUAUCGAUUGUAACGUGUUAUUCCUGUCCUUUGCUUCAUACCCGCUAUUUCUUUGUAUACGCAAUUUGAGUUUUCGAGCGCAACCCGUGGGAACUGGCAAUUCAGCCAUCUGCAUCAUACCGUCCAACUCUUUCUCCUCACUCUGAAUCCGGGCGUGCACAACUCUUCUG